GCUCACCCUCUCUCCGUCCCUUCCAGACCCCACGACGCCGCGGCGCUGCCACACUCCAGCGACCAGAAAAAUCCAGAUAAACACCUUAGAAACCUUCCAGGCGGGCAGCAGCCAACAAAAAUGCGCCCGAUGCGGAUCUUUGUGAACGACGACCGGCACGUGAUGGCCAAGCACUCGGCCGUGUACCCCACGCAGGAGGAGCUGGAGGCCGUGCAGAACAUGGUUUCCCACACGGAGCGGGCGCUCAAAGCCGUCUCCGACUGGAUCGACGAGCAGGAGAAAGUCAGCGGGGAGCAGCCCGAGACUGAGUCCAUGGAGACGGCGGCCGACGAGGAGGGCAAGGAGGGAGGGGAUCAGAAGGCCACAGAGCAGCUGACCAGGACCCUGAGGGGGGUGAUGCGUGUGGGGCUGGUGGCCAAAGGGCUCCUGCUGAAGGGGGACCUGGACCUGGAGCUGGUGCUGCUGUGCAAGGACAAACCCACGGCCAAGCUGCUGGAGAAAGUCGCCGAUAACCUGGGAGUGCAGCUGGCGGCCAUCACCGAGGACAAGUACGAGAUCAUCCAGUCGGUGGCAGACGCCGCCAUCGUCAUCAAGAACACCAAGGAGCCGCCGCUGAGCCUGACCAUCCACCUGACGUCUCCCGUGGUCAGGGAGGAGCUGGAGAAGCAGCUGGCCGGAGAAACGCUCUCAGUCACCGACUCCCCGGACGUUCUGGACAGGCAGAAAUGCCUUGCUGCCUUGGCGUCUCUGCGCCACGCCAAGUGGUUCCAGGCCAGGGCCAACGGGCUGAAGUCGUGCGUCAUCGUCAUCCGCGUGCUGCGGGACCUGUGCACGCGCGUCCCCACCUGGGCCCCGCUCCGAGGAUGGCCCCUGGAGCUGCUGUGUGAGAAAUCCAUCGGGACGGCGAACCGGCCGAUGGGCGCGGGCGAGGCGCUGCGCCGCGUGCUGGAGUGCCUGGCCUCGGGCAUCGUCAUGCCAGAUGGUUCUGGUAUUUAUGACCCUUGUGAAAAAGAAGCCACUGAUGCUAUUGGGCAUCUAGACAGACAACAAAGGGAAGAUAUCACACAGAGUGCUCAGCAAAUGCCCAUCAGGACUGGCCUGGCAGCCCCAUGGGAAUUGGUCUGGAGUGGGAACAGCCCCAUGGGAGCUGGUCUGCAAUUAGCAAAUGCCCAUCAGGACUGGCCUGAAACUAAAAAACAUCAACUGGAACUGGCCCCAGACUGGGAAGUACUGGUGUGGAGCCAGUUCUGGUUCUGGGAAGGAGCUGCUGCCGGGUCUCAGUGCUGGUUUUUGCCCCGUGCAGAGGAAAAGCUGGAGCCUCCCCAGGCCAUGAACGCGCUGAUGAAGCUGAACCAGCUCAAACCGGGCCUCCAGUACAAACUGGUGUCCCAGACUGGGCCCGUGCAUGCCCCCAUCUUCACCAUGUCCGUGGAGAUCGAUGGCAGCACCUUCGAGGCCUCGGGGCCCUCCAAGAAAACAGCCAAGCUGCACGUGGCUGUGAAGGUGCUGCAGGACAUGGGUUUGCCCACCGGGGUGGAGGGCAAGGACUCCGGCAAGGGCGACGAGUCGGCCGAGGAGACGGAGACCAAGCCGGUGGUGGUGGCUCCUCCGCCCGUGGUGGAGGCUGUGACCACACCCACGGCAGCAUCACCACCUUCAGAGCAGAGCCCUGAGAACGUGAAGCAGCAGGGACCAAUCCUGACCAAGCACGGCAAGAACCCGGUGAUGGAGCUGAACGAGAAGCGGCGCGGGCUCAAGUACGAGCUGAUCUCAGAGACGGGAGGGAGCCACGACAAACGCUUCGUCAUGGAGGUGGAGGUGGACGGGCAGAAGUUCCAAGGUGCUGGCUCCAACAAGAAGGUGGCCAAAGCCUACGCGGCGCUGGCCGCGCUGGAGAAGCUGUUCCCGGACGCUCCCGUGGCCAUCGAGCAGAACAAGAAGAAAAGAGCCCCUGUCCAGGCCAGGGGUGGCCCCAAAUUCCCAGUCAAACAGCACAACCCAGGGUUUGGGAUGGGGGGCGGCCCCAUGCACAACGAGGCGCCCCCACCCCCCAACAUGCGGGGCCGAGGCCGCGGCGGCAACAACAAAUGCUCUCCCAUCUUUUCCUGCCUUUCCCCACUGCAAUGUGUGGUUCCACCCCUUGCCCAGGUGGAGGUGGACGGGCAGAAGUUCCAAGGUGCUGGCUCCAACAAGAAGGUGGCCAAAGCCUACGCGGCGCUGGCCGCGCUGGAGAAGCUGUUCCCGGACGCUCCCGUGGCCAUCGAGCAGAACAAGAAGAAAAGAGCCCCUGUCCAGGCCAGGGGUGGCCCCAAAUUCCCAGUCAAA